UAAUUAAACACAGUAGAGAUAUUAACCAUGAGACCCAUCCAACCACCGCCACCCGCCGACAGCAUCAGGCCACGGCGGUGCUGGCCGGACCUAACCCUACCUACUACUACUCCUAUUACCCAACAGGUUUGGUCCCCAGCCGAACCCUGCAUUUCUCCUCUCGCCGCCGCCUCUUCUUCGUCAUUGAAUUUUUCCGAAAUGGAGCAAAUCAGUCGAAUCAUAAGCGGUGGCACAGGCACCGUCUACAGAGUCCUCCACCGCCCUUCAGGAAAAUUGUACGCCUCUCGAGUGGUGAAUGACACUCACGAUUACGUUAUCCGCCGCCAAAUUCAACAAGAGAUUGAUAUCUUAUGCGAGUUGGACAACCCCAACGUGGUCAAGUGUCACGGUGUAUUCGAUAACGACGGCGAGAUUCAGGUCGUCUUCGAGUACAUGGACGGCGGAUCUCUCAAAGGGGUCCACAUCGCCGACGAACGUUCCCUCGCCGACGUCACUCGUCAGAUCCUCCUUGGUCUACACUUUCUCCACAGCAGAAAGAUUGUGCACAGACAUAUUAAACCUUCAAAUCUAUUAAUCAACUCUCAAAACCAAGUUAAAAUAGCCCAUUUUGGAAUAUCAAAGAGCUUGGCGGAGACGAUUGAAUUAUCGACUUGCAUGAUUGACUUAUCGACGAUUGCGUACAUAAGUCCUGAAAGAAUCAACACGGAUAUGUGUGGACGUGUGUGUGAUACUUACAAAGGCGAUAUAUGGAGUGUUGGUGUAACCGUCUUGGAGUUGUAUUUGGGUAGAUCUCCGUUUGCAGUUGCAGUUGCGGAACAGAGCAUUUCUGCGAUAUUUAUGAGCGUAGUCUUCGCUCAGCCACCGCCAGAGACACCGCAGACGGCGUCGACGGCGUUUCGGGACUUCAUUGCAUGUUGUUUGCAGAGAGAUCUCCGAAAAAGAUGGACAGCCGAGCAAUUGUUGCGCCAUCCUUUCAUUGCACAGAAUCACAAUCAAGCUCAUUAGCAUUCAUAUUAAUUCUCGUUGUUGGAGUCCUAGUCUUUCAUAGUACAAGUUACAGAGGGUUCCGAUCUCCAUAAAGGAGUAUAGUUGUAAUGGUUGCCUAAUUUCUUGAUUUAAAAAAAUUAUAUUUGUUGUUCUGAAUUGCAAUUCUUUGUUGGGGAUGGAUAAUUUCACUUGCUUUCAUAAUAAUUUUUUUAAA